UUACUGUACAGACGUGGUCCCGCCUCAAAAUAGGAUGUGCGUAAAAAGGUCAGGUACAAGCCUGUCCACGCUCCUGAUUUUUCUUUUUGUCGGCACGCAGACAGUUCAAUUAGUUGAAGUGCCCAAUUCAUUUAUAAGUACAGGUUAAAUGACAAUGAACUUUGUUCGUCCAAGUACGGAUCAGUAAAGUACUCCAUGCACAGAGGUGUCUCCGGGAAAGCACGUAGAAUGAACAAAGGAAACUUUCACGAAAAUUAAUACAGCACCGCCAAGUUGCUUCUGGAAAUCCGAGCAUUUAAUGAAGACGAUUAUACUCAAGAAUACUGUGUUUCUGGAAAAUUAAAAGAAAAGUGAAAUCAGAUCUUAAAGUUUCUUCUUCACUACGAUCAAGACGGAACAUGAGGAAAUCGGGAUAUACAGGUAUAGCCAGAACUGCCAGUGGCAGGUUGAGGAGAGUGGAGCCCUCGGACCCUACCAGUCCCACUCUGAAGAGGUCGUUUGAAACUGAGGAGACUGAAGCAUCCGCACUGCCUCAGGCUCGCCGGACGGUGCCCCCCCGGACGGCGAAGCCUGGCCUGCAGCCCUCAGGGUCUUCCCGGCGAGCGGAGCUCUCCAUCGACCUCUCCUCCAAGACCGUAGACGGCAGCGCCGGCUCCGUGGCAUCGCGCUUCGGUCUGAGGAGGCCGGAGACGUCCGGCGUCACCAGGGGCACAGAUCAGGCGAACAGGCGGGCCGAUCCCGUCAGCCACAGCGCCUCCCAGAGGAGAGCGGAGACGCCAAGCCCGGUGGAGUCGCCACGGAAGCUUCCAGAUAUUCCGCUAGCCAAAGGGCCAGAGUUGACAGGAACUUCCAGGAUAGAGAAUAGUUCCCCCACACUAAGUGAACCCAAGACGCAGUCCCCAAUCCCUGAGGCAUUCGCCAGGAGUCCUGACAGGUCAGAGGUCGUCCCCAGCCACAUCGCCAGCACAAUGUCGGAGCCAGUGAAGCCAGCCCCAUCCCCGGCCAGCAUGGAGAAACCCAGCGUGGAUUUCAGCUACGUGGGCAUCGAUGCCAUCCUGGAGCAGAUGAGGCGGAAAGCAAUGAAGCAGGGUUUUGAGCUCAACAUUAUGGUCGUUGGGCAGAGUGGCUUGGGAAAGUCCACACUGAUGAAUACCCUCUUCAAGUCCAAGGUGAGCCGACGGACAGGCCUGGGCUCUGCUGACGAGAGGAUUCCUAAGACUGUGGAGAUCAAGUCGAUCAGUCACGAGAUUGAGGAGAAAGGUGUGAGGAUGAAACUGACUGUCAUUGACACCCCAGGCUUUGGAGAUCAUAUCAACAAUGAAAAUUGCUGGCAGCCCAUCAUGAGGUUCAUUAACGAGCAGUAUGAGCAGUACUUGCAAGAGGAGAUCAACAUCAACAGGAAGACAAGGAUCCCGGACUCUCGAGUUCACUGCUGCAUCUAUUUCAUCCCGCCUACUGGACACAGCCUCAGGCCCCUUGACGUUGAGUUCAUGAGACGCCUGAGCAAAGUGGUGAACAUCGUCCCCGUCAUCGCCAAGGCCGACACCCUGACCCUGGAGGAGAGGGACUUCUUCAAAAACAAGAUCAGGGAGGAGCUACAGGCCAACGACAUUGACGUGUACCCCCAAAAGGAAUUCGACGAAGACGCAGAGGACCGGGCGAUCAACGAGAGGAUCAGGGGCAUGGUGCCAUUUGCCGUGGUGGGCAGCGACCAGGAGUGCCAAGUCAACGGGCGGAGGCUGCUUGGGCGGAAGACCAAAUGGGGGACCAUAGAAGUUGAAAAUAUUGCCCACUGUGAAUUUGCCUAUUUGAGAGACCUUCUCAUUAGGUCCCACAUGCAGAACAUCAAGGACAUCACCAGCAGCAUCCACUAUGAGGGAUACCGUGUCCGCAGGCUCAACGAGUGCAACGCGCAGACCAACGGCUUUGACGAGCAGGACGUCACCUCCCAUGAGCUGUAGAAACCCCCUCCCUCCCCAUAUGCACCCCCAGCCCCCACCCCAGCGAGCACACGUGCCAUCGGGGGUCGCAUCUGAUCUGGCUCUGAGCUUUUCUUGGUGUCUCCUUGUGCCUUUAAGCGCCUGUCCUCGUGUUAUUUCAUCUGACCCCCGCCGAGUGUGGUAGAUGAACCACCUUGAACAGUUUUGGGACUGGCGCUUUAGACCGUAACUGGCUCCGUCACAGAAAAGCAGCCUGUCUGGGUAAAGCCAGGCUGCAUCAGAGGAGCUUUUUAAAAGUCUGGUUUUUAAAAGAUAUGUCCUCAAAUACAUCGGAACGAAACCUCAGUUAUUUUACAAUGAUAAAUUAAACCAAAUGAAGCCCAAACGGAGCUUCUUUAGGUAUCAUCAGUUCAAUUAUUUCAAUUCAAUUCAAUUUGUAUACUGCAUUUUCACAAUGUUACAUUGUCUCAAAGCGCUUUACAUUAUGCCCACCCAAAGCCCCCAAUGAGCAAGCCAAAGAUGACAGUGGCAAGGAAAAACUCCCUAGAAGGAGAGAACCUUGGGAGGAAGCAGACUCAUCAUCACAUGGUGUUGGGACAGACGGGGCUGAUCGCUUCGCUGUUUUGUGGCGUUUGUGGACGUUACUCUUUUUUCGUCUGUCGAUAAAGGGGUCCAGGCACAUGGGGUUGCUUAUUUUUUUCGCUAUUUUGAAAACUUUGUGUUAAAAGUUAUGAUAAAAUCACCUGGACAUCACCGUCGUUUCUCUUUUGUGUUCGCAGUGGCACACCUUAAGAGUACUUCCAACAUUCUUUAUUUUUUAAUGAUUUUUAUGUAAUGAUUACUGCUUUGUUUGUUGUGCCGUUUCUCGUGGGAGAGGGGAACGUAAGGAAUAAAUACUUCUUUGUUGUUCUGUCAUACAUUAACGGGAGUCGGUUUCUGUGAUGAGUAAUAGGAAUCGAUCUGAGUAAUAUUUAUUCACAUUGCAAAUUUAAAAGGACUUGGCGACAAGACAGAGGCAGCCCUACAGAGACAUACAGGCAGACACACACAGCGGCAAAGACACGCGGCCUGAUGGAGAAGCGCUUUCCUGUGUCUUUUAAAUGUUCCCCAGCUGAGACGCCUGCAGAAUAACGGGAUUUAGAACGAUCCAGGCGCUGCACAGAUCUCCGGUGGAGAUUCUAGAGCAAACACCCCCCCCUCCCCGCACCCAGACAAUUUCUGCCUACAUUACUUUAGGGGGCUGACAGACGGCAGGGCUCAUAAUGUCUUUUUCGUUCUGUUUCCUUUAUCUACGUCCUGUUUGACUCCUGUCAGCCGGUGCUGGUGCUUCUGCUGGGAGCUGCAACACACAGAGUUUACUACAGCAGUGUUUGCCGACCCGGUUGCCCCCGUUUUUCCUCCCUCCCAGUGCCCUGCCUGUCUGGGGGUCUCUGACGACCGGGUUGGCAAAUGCUGUACUGCGGGAACAUUGCAGCUCCCCACGAUCAGAAACUGUCACUCUCCCGCUCUCUGAAGCGUCAAACAUUUGUGUGUCUUUUGAUGUAAGUUCAUUUUGUCAGAUAAAUUCCUUUGUACUGGCUUUAAAAAAAAAAAAAAAACGAAAAAACUACAGAAAUACUUGAUUAACAUAUCUUCCAAAAAUAAAGAGCAACAUUCUUUUGUA